AUGGCCAGACCAGACUCUCCCGUCGACGACUCCCCUCUCUCAUCAAUGGAGUCAACCGACGACGAAUUCCCCGAGGAGGCCACCGAGAUCAUGGACGAGGGCCCGCCAGCGAAGCGCAUCAAAACGGUGAACAGGUCCAAUACACCAUCUGCGGUCACGCAAGAGCCUGAUGCCGACCCUGAUCCGCUCGAGGGCAUGUCCGAUGUCUCAUCCGACACCGACGGCGACGUCCCUAGCUCGCCGCUCAACGCGCGCCAAGACGAAGAUGACUUCCAGGAGCAGAUCACCGUCUGCGCGUGGGAGGGUUGCCGGGCCGGCGACCUGGGUAACAUGGACAACCUCGUCGAGCACAUCCACAACGAGCACAUUGAGAGCCGCCAGAAAAAGUACACGUGCGAAUGGGUUGGUUGCUCGCGCAAGAGCAUGCCGCAUGCUAGUGGCUACGCCUUGAAGGCGCACAUGCGCAGCCAUACGAGGGAAAAGCCUUUCUACUGCUACCUACCAGAAUGCGACCGCGCCUUUACCCGCUCCGACGCCCUUGCUAAGCACAUGCGCACUGUCCACGAAACCGAGGCCCUGCGCCCCUCCGAUCCCGUGCCCAAGAGCAUGCAAGCCGCCCAAGGGGCUAACAAGGCCUCCAAACUUAAGAUCAUCAUCAAAACUCCCCACUCCCACUCCUCCAUCCGCACCGGCGCCGGGAACAGCGCAGCCGGCGAUGAAACUCUCGACGAAGAUGGCAGCGCAGGAGGCGACGACUCGUCCGUUCCUGAUAUGUUCACUCCCCUGUCCGAGGAACAAGGGUUCACGCCCGAGGAGCUGGCGAUGCCUCUCGAGCGGCUGGUGAAGCUUUGUCGACUGCAGGUCAAGUGGUCGGAAGAAGAAGGUGAGCGACUUCGUGCUGAAUGCAAGCGCUGGGAGGAACUGUACAAGCAGGAGUGGCUGGAGAAGGAGGUGCUGCUGGAGCAAGUCAUUCGCAGCGAGCAAGAGUGGCAUAAGCGCAAGCUGGCAGAUGCUGCUGCUGCUGCUGCUGCUGCUGCUGCUGGAGAUAAUAAUAACCAUGGUAAUGAAGAUGUUGAGAUGACGGAUGCUCCCGCUCAGGGCGGCGGUAAAGGAGAGGGCGAGGCUAAGGUGAGGGAUGUGAAAGAGAAGAGUGCAAAGGAGGUCGCUGCCGUCGGGGCAUAG